AUGAUUUUACGAAUACUAACUUUGAUCUUUGUAUUGUUCUCCCCUUCAAUUUGUUCUUCUGAUGAUUCUUUGGAAACGGUAUCUGUAAAUACGGGCGAACCAGCAACCUUCAUAUGUGAUUUACCCGAACGAUAUUCGAAUAGACGGGCUGAUUUUUAUGGACCCACGGGACGCUUAUUGGCAACAUCGACCGGUGAAAAUCUUGAUAGUGAUGAUCGUACACGAUUCGUGCUUGAGCAUACAUAUGCUUGGACGUGGAGUCUUAUUUUAUCGGACGUUUCCGACGAUGAUGCAGGAGAAUACACAUGUCGUGUUUCAUCCGCUGAUCGGACAUUGACAAUCAUAAAACGAUUUAAUCUAACCGUUUUGACACCGCCUAAAAUUGUCGAUAUAACAAUUGAAUCAAAUAAUAAUGGAAUACUUAUGGAGAAUGAACAAGUAAUUUUAAAAUGUUUGGCGCGUGGUAAUCCGCCGCCAACUAUUCAGUGGAACAUAACGGAAUACAAGUCUUUAUUCGAUAAGAGAAUGGAUCGGAAUAUCAUUCCAUUCAAUAACAAGCUUCUCAUCAGGAAUUUUUCUCGAACAGCGCCAAUAAAUUAUCAAUGUAUUGCCGACAAUGGUAUACCGCCGCGUGAUACACGUACAAGACAUUUAGUUCCAGCGAUUUCACCUGAAGUCACCGUUCAUUCGUCAUAUUCCCGUUAUUCUUCACAAAUUCUUCUCAAUUGUACUAUAAUUGCUCGUCCAUUAACUUCCGCAAAAUGGAAACGAAACCACAUGUCAAUGAACGCCAUUCGACGGACAGAAAUCAAUGAUUACACAGUUCAAUUAUUACUUUUUCUUCAAAUCAAUUCCUUGAAUUACUCGGAAGCAUUCGGCAUGUAUGAAUGCGAAGCUGAGAAUCAAUUGAAGGUAUCAAAAGCAUUCGUUAUCAUCGACGAAGCAAUCCUAUUGAAUACAACAAUUCUAAAACAUUAUCGAUCAUCAUCGUUGUCUCCAUUGCCAUCGUAUGCCCAAAUUGAACUUCUACUGAAUGGUUCGUUGUCUUCAACAUGUCAUUUGUAUUUAAUAUUGUUUCUGCAUAUUUUCGUCACUUAUUUGAACGGCUUUUACAACAAACGAUGA